AUGUCUAAUAACAGAGUAGCUUAUUUCUACGACAGUGAGGUGGGAUCCUUUUACUACGGACCAGAGCACCCAAUGAAGCCCUUCAGAAUUAAGAUGACUCAUUAGCUGAUCCUUUCAUAUGGUCUCUACAGAAAAAUGAAUGUAUACUCUCCUCAUAAAGCCACAGACCAGGAGAUGAUCGCUUUUCACUCACAAGAUUACAUCGAACAUUUGAAGCGAGCUGCACCCAAUCUUCUAACCAAUAAUUUUGAGAUGAAAUUUAAUGUAGGGGAGAAUGACUGUCCAUGCUUUCCGGGGUUGUUUGAAUUUUCUCAGAUCUCGGCUGGGGGUUCCUUGGAUGCAGCAAUUAAACUCAAUCAUAAGAGUGCGGACAUUUGCAUUAACUGGGCUGGUGGAUUGCAUCAUGCUAAGAAAAUGGAGGCAAGUGGAUUUUGCUAUGUGAACGAUAUAGUGCUUGCUAUCUUGGAAUUGUUGAAGUAUCAUAAUAGAGUCUUGUAUAUUGACAUCGAUGUGCAUCACGGAGAUGGUGUAGAGGAGGCAUUCUAUUGCACUCACAGAGUAAUGACUGUCUCAUUCCACAGAUACGGUGAUUUUUUCCCGGGAACUGGAGAUAUUAAGGAUAUUGGGUAUGGGAACGGACAGUAUUAUGCAUUGAAUGUACCACUAAAUAGCGGAAUUGACGAUGACUCCUACUUUACUCUAUUUAAAAAUAUCAUUGAAGAGGUUAGAUAAAGAUAUAGACCCGAUGCUGUGGUUAUUUAAUGUGGUGCAGACUCUCUUGCUUAUGAUAGAUUAGGUACUUAUAAUACUACCAUUCGUGGACAUGGAGAGUGUGUAAAACAUGUAAAGGGUUGGGGUUUACCCAUGUUAGUGCUAGGUGGAGGUGGCUAUACUAUUAAGAAUGUUGCAAGAUGCUGGGCUAAUGAAACAGGCAUCUGUCUUGGGUAGGAACUCGACAACUAGAUCCCUAUGAAUGAUUUCUAUGAAUUCUAUGGUAAUGACUUUAAACUGCAUUUCAAUCCUAAGUAAGAUGAACCCAACCUCAACUCAAAGGAGUAUCUUGAUUUUGUUUAGACUAAAUGUCUCUAGAAUCUAAAAGCACUAGAAGGUGCCCCUUCAGUAGGAAUCUUGGAUUACGUCCCAACUGAUUUCUUCAGUCAUGAUGUGGUUGAAAGUAUGAAAACUCAUAAAGCUGAUCAUCCAGCUGAGCCUUAUUGA